GCAUCAAGCAAAAAUUAGCCCAGCAAUUCCAGAAAUCAACCACGCAUUCAAGCGUUGCAGGCGUCAAAUGUAUUCGAUGCCAGUUCUGACCAGAUAUCAGAAUGUAUCGCUCACUCCUACAUAACCCGACAUUACUUGCGGUUCGCGCUCCUACCACCACCACCACCACCACCACACCAUCUUUCCUCAGAGCUUCUACUACCGCAGCGACAUCAUCGAAUCUCACAAGAGGUUAUGCAACGCAAAGCAGUCUUGGUGGCAAUGGCACGGGACCGGCAAGGAAACAGAUAUCCGUCAUGACGGACGAUGGGCGAUAUAAAUGGUCAGAAUUGAGUGGGAAGGAGAAAGUGGCUCGAGCAACACAGCAAUCAUUCAAUUUUGUGAUUGUGAUUGUUGGUGUAGUUAUGACGGGUGGUGUUUUGACACUUCUAUAUACCGACGUCUUCUCUCCGAAUAGCAGGACCUGGCAAUUCGAAAAGGCAGUCAGCCGCAUCAAGGAAGAUCCUCGGUGCACGUCAUUACUGGGAAACAGCAAAGAAAUUAAAGCAUAUGGUGAAGCGACGGGGAAUAGAUGGACUAGGAACCGGCCAAUUGCAACCACGAUACAGAAAGAUUCUCUCGGUAGAGAACAUAUGAGGAUCAACUUUCAUGUUGAGGGACCUCUGAAUGAGGGUAUUGUGCAUGUACAUAUGAUCAAACCUUUGGAUGACCCGAACUUUCAAUAUCGGUUUCUUGCGGUAGAUGUCAAAGGCCACCCCCGAAUAAUUCUCGAACAAUCCAGUGAUGAAGCCCUUGGCGGGAAGAAAAGCCCCUUGAAGAUCCUUGGUAUCAACUGGCGUUGAGUUUGAUCGACACGAUGGAUGAAAAUUCAAGUCUUAGCUAGCCCAUCUAAGAUCUACUUGACCUGAUAGCUGUUGACUAGCAAAAUAAUCGGGCAGAGUCUCGAGCAGCAGACAAACAUAAUCCCCCGCACUGUAAGACUACCGGGUUUUUGCAAACAUCUUAGUAUGCCGCGGUAUUCUAGGUCAAAUGUUGUAGUGUAACCGUCUCAUCAGGCGGAGCACUCUAUAUCCAUUUUCCUUGGUUUACUUGGUUCAACCUUCGAGCGCAGCGAGAGCACACAACUUGUAUGGUUGCAGACAGAUGCGUGAUCCAAAUCAAACAUGUAUUCUAUCAUGAGCGCUUAUCCAUCAGUUUAACCUCUAUGAAUUCUCUCCAAUAUUUUGCCUAAAUAUCAGGCACAUCCUUAACCCUCGGCCAGCCCUCAAUCGAUCUCCCCGACCAACUAGCUACCGCCUCAAUAGCCAACUGCACUUUCUCCGUAUCCUCCUCACUAACCCCCAACCUCCUCAACCCCCUCAAAUGCCAAAUCGUCGGCGCACUGAGCCCCUGAAUCAUAAUCCCCGUCAAAAUAACUAGCUCAGCCUCCACAGCCGACAAAAUCUCAUGAUCCGAAAGAAAUAAUCCAUAAAUCACAGAUCGUUCCAUCCACAUAAAAUCACUCGCAAAGGAGCCCCAUGACGAGCAAAUCGGAGCCAGGUUCUGACGAUAAAGUUGUUGUAGGAAUUUUGUACCUCUGUCGGGGAUAUGGUUGUUGAAAUCAAUGUUUUUCCUCUUUUCGGGGAAUUCGAGUAAACCAUCUUCUGAGGGAGGUUCGAGCG